UCAAACGGAUGAAACGGGGGACAAUCACACCUUGGACAACCCCAAUUUUUACAACCCCAAUUUUUACAACCCCAAUUUUUACAAUCCCAAUUUUUGCAAUAACACCUUGGGUAUCCCAAAUAAUAAGAAAGAAACUCAAAACCACUUUAGCCAUACCCACACGAAGGAGAACAAUAUUAUGAAGGAUAAAGAUUUCCUAUACCUAAACAAUAAAAGUUAUGAUAACAAUUUAUUUGUUGCAGGUAAUAACAUCAAGAGUCCCAAUGAAAAUAUAAAAAAGAUAAUAGAAUUGAAUACAACAAAACUUGUAGAAGAAAGAAAUAAUUCAUUACUAGAUAUAAACGAAUAUAAUAACAAUAGUAAUGAUUUGAAUGAAUAUUUUGAUAAUUUAAUAGAAAAUAAUAUAUUGUCAUAUAGAAAAAUAAAUAUAAAAAAAAAUAAAAUAGGAACCAAAUUUAUUAUGAAUAAAUUAAUGUAUACUAAUGUAUCUAAUAAUGAAAGAUAUAGAUAUUAUUUAGACGAUAAUUUAAAAGUCUCUUAUAUUAAUCAGUUGAGAUUAAUGAUACCAUAUAUAUCAUAUUGUUUAGGAAAAAUAGCUAUGUCUAUUGUUUUUUAUAUUUUUUAUAUACGAUUUGAUAUAAGUUAUUUAAAAUUAAUUUUAACAGAUUAUAAAAUGUAUUUUAAAUUAUUUGAACAUAAGAAUAUUAUAUUUAUUGUUUCCUUUUCUAUAAUAUUAGGAAAUACAAUUAUAUCAUUCUUUUCAUUCAUUUUCUUAUCUUCCUUUUGUGAAGUAUUAUUAUCAACUUUAUUUAUAUUUAUAAAAUGUAUUUCAGAGUUCUUAUUCCUUUUAUUAUUAGUAUAUAAUGAAGUUUUUGAAAUCUUCCUUAGAAAUAUUAAACAACCAGAUAAAUAUGCUUCAUACUUCUUUUUAACAUUUGCUGUUAUCCCAUCAUUUAAAAUUAUUAAAAAUAUAUACUUUUUUCUAUGUGCUUUAUCAGGAAGGCAAUUUAUAGCAUAUAUUAUCAGACCAUUCAUUAAAGAUAAAAACAUAAGUAAAUUACCUAAUUUUUUUAAUCUAAACGAAUACAAUAAUAAUAAUAAUAAUAAUACUCAUAAUAAUAAUAAUAUUUCUCAAAACAUGAACUACAUAAAUGAAGAUUAUUAUUUAUUUCAUAAUAAUGACAUGUAUACAAAAAAUAUAGUUAAAGGAGAUUAUAAAGGAUUCAUAUCUAUUGCUUCCUUAUUAAUAUAUAUUAAUACAAAAUAUAUGCAUGGAUUAGCUUCUUUAUCAACAUUAAUGCUAGGAAAUAAUUUUAUUAAAAAUUUAAGACUUAAUUACAAUUUAAGAAAUAACCAUGUAUUACUUAUAUUUAUUAACUUCUUUACAAGAUUAUCAUUAUUAUUAUUUAUUUAUGUGCAUUACAAAACAAAUGAUAAAUUAUAUGAAUAUGUAGAAUACUUCUAUUAUUUAGUCACUUUUAUAUUUAUAUUAGAUUUUAUUUUUAAAUGUGUCUAUAUGUUCAUAUCACAUAAUCUAAGAUUGUGCGCAGCAUAUCACCUAGAAUUAAAAUCUAUGUAUGAAGACAUUUAUUAUCAUAGCCAAAUCAAAAAGGAAUCUUCAAAAGAAUAUUUAAAACAACUAUAUGCAAAAUAUCAAACCAACAAUUUUUAUUACUACAACAUUCCUCUCUUUUCAGAAUUUCUAUGA